CUUUGUUUUGUUCUAAUUCUACUCUUUUUUCUCAUCACUUUGAUCUUUCUGAGUUCGGCGGUAUGAUUCUAGCUCUGCGUGUGGGUUUGUCUACCCUAUUUUAGUUUUAUUCUGAUGGUGGAAGUGGAUUUUUGUGGAAGCAAGCUAACUCCUCCGUUUUGGUUUUACUUUUAUUAUUCCUGAUGGUUUCUUUAUGAUUACCUUCCUGUUCUGAACUUCAAAUCAAUCGCCUGCUUCUGAUAGACUGCAUCUCAUGCAUCAGUCUCUGCCCUCAGCUGGCUAUUCUAAAGCAUCCUCAGUCACCGUUGCUAAUAUUGAAUCUGAGACAAUCUUGGGUUGCUGCUAUGGGGAUCUGGAAUCUGUUUAUUGUUGCACUCAUGCCAGUUCUGAAUGUACUCCAGAUCACUGCCGUCGGAGUAUUUCUCGCAAUCCAGCGUGUGGAUAUCUUGGGGGCGGAUGCUCGAAAGCAUUUGAAUAAUGUCAGUAACAAUAUGUUAGCAGGAUAUGGAUUGAGAACAGAGAAUAAGAUUUACAAACUUCAUUUUUAGAAAUUUAUAAAUAUAUACUUUUACUCAAAAUUACAACAACAACAACAUAAUAUGAUGAAUCACUUUAGAUGCACGCCAAUUAAUUAACAAAAAAAAAAAACCCUGAAGAAGUGUUUUUCCUGUCGUUCAACCAGGGAACACUAUUGUAUUUUAUUUUUGCCUUUAAUUUUAUAUAUUUUUAUUGAAGAUUAAGCUUUAUAAUUUAUUACAAUUUAAUUUUUAUGUGUUAUUUUAUUUAUGAUUAUGUUGUGGAUUUGAUUGAUUAACUCAAUUGACUUGAGUUUUUUAUUUUUUAAUUGUUAUUUUUUAAAAUUUUAUCCAUUUACAUUUAGUUGAUUAAGAAUAUAAGUUUUAUAAUUUGUUUCAGUUUUUCUUUCUAUGAGAUUAUCUUAUGAUUUAUUUUAUUUGCUUUCUAUGAGAUUAUUUCGGUCUAAUGAGUUUUACAGAUUAACUCGAGUAGACUCUGAUAAUUUUAUUGUGUUUCUUUUUAGAUUGAUUUUUUUUUUAAUUUCAUCAUUCAACAAUAUACCGUUUUAAUUUUGAUUUCUAUGAGGUUAUCACAGUCUCAUGACCUAGGUUGCGUGUUUGGCAGGUUAACCCGAAUUGACUUGAGUUAUUUUUUUAGUUUAUUUUUUAUGAGGUUAUUCUGGUCUCGAAUCUAGGUCAUAAGUUUUGUGGAUUAACCCGUGUUGACUUGGGUUGUUUUAUUUUUUUAAUUUUUUUAAUUUUUUUUUCAAUUUUAUCUUUCAAUAUUGAGUUGAUUAUGAAAUAUAUUUCAUAAUUUAUUUCAAUUUACUUUUUAUGAGAUUAUUCUGAUUUCAUGAAGUUAUGGGUUUAGCAGGUUAACUCUAGUCUUUUUUAUGUUUUUUUUCUACUUAUUUUUUUUUAAUUUCAUCUUUUAACAUUGAGUUAUUAGGAAUUGAGCUUUUUAAUUUAUUUUAUAUUGUAUUAUCAUGAUUUCAUGAUCUAGAUUGUGAAUUUGACAGGUUAACUUAUGUUUAAUCGGGUCGAUUCAGUAUGUUGUCAUCUCAAUAUUUAAAAAAUAAAGUUGUCUUGAAUUUUUUGAGUCAAAUUAUUUUUUCAUUUGUCGUUCCGAUUGUCUUUGGAUUUGCCAAGUCAACCGGGUCUUGUCGGAUCAACCCCUGCUCAAUUUGUUUUUUUCCACUAGAAAAAUAUUAGCAAAAUUUAGAUAUUUUUUUAUGGUAAAGAAAAAUUAAUCUAAGAGAUGAACGGUUGAUUAUUGAGUCUAAUGAUCAAUUCUUUUUGAAGUUCUGUGAAACAUCAUCCAUUUUAAGAACGUAAACUUACAUUUUUUUUUACACAAAGUGGGAGAAGCAGCGUAUAAGUUUUAAUUGCUCUUCUUGUUUUAUACCUUCACAAUACUUCUAUUACUGACCUGACAAACAUUCUGAGUUCCGCAAGAAUAUAAUGUGCAAUUUUGAAUUCAAUCGUUAUGCAGCUUGUGUUUUUUUGUCUUGAGUCCAGCACUUGUUGGCAGCAACAUGGCAAAAUACAUAACAUUAAGAAGCUUGCCUGAGCUAUGGUUCAUGCCACUAAAUGUUCUCAUCACCUUUGUCAUUGGCUCGGUGCUUGGAUGGUUACUUGUAAAAAUCACCAAAGCUCCUAUAGGUCUUCGGGGAGUGAUCAUGGGAUGUUGUGCUGCCGGAAACCUGGACAACAUGCUUCUCGUAAUUGUUCUAGCUGUCUGUAAAGAAAAAGGCAGUCCAUUUGGAGUUUCCGAUGUCUGUACCGGCAAUGGAAUGGCAUAUGUUUCACUCUCUGUGGCAAUUGGAUCCUUGUACAUCUGGUCAUAUGUGUGCAAUAUUGUGCGUAUAUAUUCAAGUAAAGAUUCUGAUGAAGCCAAACCAGAUGUCUUACCGGAGGGUGCAGAGUCUGCUGGAGAAAAAAAUGAAUCUGCAAAGUGUCGCACAGGGCCCCCACUUCCUUCAGAAGAUCCCUCACUUGGUGAGAGUCAGCACUUGGAGCUUAAUUGUUCAGUGUCAGAGGAGAAGGCGAAGGUGCCAUUUCCAGAAAACAUUAAGAGAAGCUUCAUAAAGAAACCCAGUAUAAGGAGAUUGUUUGCACCGGCAAUUAUUGGAGCGAUUGUCGGAUUGAUGAUUGGUAUCAUCCCUCCAUUCAGAAAAGUACUAAUUGGUGAUAGAGCUCCUCUUCAUGCGGUUGAAGACUCUGCAGACAUGGUUGGGAAGGCAGCCAUUCCAAUCAUUACUUUGAUUUUGGGAGCAAAUCUUCUGAAGGGUUUGAAAGGCUCGAAGGUGCCACUCUUGGUGAUUAUUGGUAUAGUGGCCAUUAGGUACAUAAUUUUGCCGAUUUUGGGAGUAGUUAUCAUUAAAUAUGCAAUCCAUUUUGGCUUGGUGCGCUCAGAUCCGUUAUCUCAGUUUGUUCUUCUCCUCCAGUUUGCACUUCCUCCAGCAAACAGCGUAGCUACAAUGAGCCAGUUGUUUGGAGUUGGCCUAACCGAAUGCUCUGUGAUCAUGCUAUGGACCAAUGCCUUGGCCACAGUCUCGCUGGCCGUUUGGUCAACAUUCUUCAUCUGGUUUGUUAGAUAACCGUGACGUGCCUCUAUGAUUACUUUCACCAUGAAAAUCUGGGCAACGCAUUAUAUGCUAGCUCAGAUACUCCAUUAAAUAUUUCUGCAAAUGCAAAUGUAGAUGAAUAAAGAAUCCAACGCACAUGCAUAACGGAAUAGGUGUCCUGGGGCUCAAGGUAUAUCUAAAAUGUCGAUGAUUUUGAAA